GAAUUUCCUGAAGUUGAAGUAAUACAAGUGGUUUAAAUUACCAGGAAAUAUUAUUUGUUCAAUAUGUGUAAAGAUAAUAUCCAAAUUGCAGAAAAGAAACAUGUAUAUCCGAUUGGCAGUUUUUCAUUUGGUAUCAGUAAUACUCACAACAACUGCUUUCUACCAGAAGUACACUGUACAGAGAAAAUAUGAGCCACUAUCCAAAAUUAUUAUGAAUGAAGAAAGUAGAAGUUUAUAUGUAGGAGGAAACAACACUCUUCUUCACUUUGACUCUGACCUUACACUAAAGAAACAAGAUAUCAUAGGCCCUGUCAACGAUAGUAAACAAUGUAAUCCUUUUGACAACUCUUGUAUCUUCAUGAGAUACAGAACAGUCAAUAACCAUAUUAGUAUAUUAAAGUCAUUCCGAAACUCCCUGAUCGUGUGUGGAACAGCGCUCCAAGGAAUAUGUUACAUGUACAAUGCCGCUUAUAUAAAUAUCAGAAAUCCAUUUGGUGAGGAUAAGAAGAAUUAUCUUGGAAGUAAAAAUUCAUCUGUCAUGCUCAUCACAAAGGACACAGAUGGUACUGAUAUGUUUUUCAUUGGUCAAAGCUUCGACGGCAGAAAAACAGACUUCUUUUCCAAUAUGUUUGCAACAUUUGACAUUUCCAAAUCUAAUAAGAAUUGGAACUUUGAUCAUUAUGCCGUUAACACUUUUCUCUCCGUAUGUGAAACAAAGCGUGAACACUUUAAAAUAAAGUUUUUACAUUCUUUUGAAGCUUCAGAUUUUAUUUUUCAUGUUUUCAUUCGAUCAAUUAACGACUCAGGAACCAUUUCAUAUGAAACGAGGAUAUCAAAAUUAUGCAAGGAAAGCAUGACUUACAGUUCUUAUGAAGAAAUGCCGAUUUCCUGUAAAACUCCAACGAAGUAUGACAUCGGAAUAGCAGCCCAUUACGACGUCGGGCGUAAAAAGCUAUAUAUGACGUUUGGUGUGAGUGCAUACAAUGUUGACAGGAUUCAAGCCGACAGUACUCAAGGUUCAGUUAUUUGUGUCUUCCAAAUUGAUGAAAUUAAGGCAAAGUUUGAUCGUGAGGUGUUAUCGAAAUGUUUUGCAAAUACGCCAUCAGGGGGGACACCAUCAUGGCAUUGCCAAUCCACCACAUGCGCAUCUGCUUCUGCUUAUGAGGAACACAAAACGGGUUCUUUAAUAUCAUCAUGUUCCCAGCGAAAAAUGGAAUUUGGAACCGAGGCUCAUGGUGAAGGUUUCAGUAAAACAGCAGUUUAUCAGAUCUCUGGUGAACUUUUGACCUCUGUUCUGCCAUUUGGAAAUAGUUCUGCAGACAUUAUUCUUGCUGGAAGUAAUACUGGAUUUUUAAGAAAGAUACUGGUAACACAGAAUAAAGCGUACGUUACAUUUGACGUAAGUGGUGACAGAAAUAUUCCAGUUGCUAAUGAAAUGGUUCUAGAUACACACAGUGACCUCUACCUAUUGACAGGACACAAGAUCACAAAACUGUCGAUGACGUCAUGUGAAAUACAUCAGACAUGUGGUGAAUGUGUAACCAGUCAUGAUCCACUUGGAUGCGGGUGGUGUUUCGAUCACUGUUCUACACGAACGAAGUGCCAAUACAAUAUGUGGCACACUCAAUCUUGUCCGCCAUUUGUUCAAGGUAUUAACCCAGAAAAUGGACCACUUGAAGGAUCAACAACAUUAACUAUAACAGGAGAGAAUUUUGGUUCAAACAAAAACACUGCUAAUGUAUCCAUUGGAAAUGAAACGUGUUUGAUCAAGAAAAUAAAUGAUACAAGAAUAUUGUGUUUGACAAGUAGAGUAAGAUUACAUGUUUCUGCAGCUGUAAAAGUUAGAGUGACUAAUGCGACAUCCACAUUCUAUCGAAUAAAUGGUGAAUCGGAACAAAGAGGCAUAUUAUUUGAACAUACACAUUCUAUUAUCAAGAAUAUCUUUCCAAUGAAGGGACCACUUUCAGGCAACACAACGCUAACUAUCACGGGUGAUAAGUUUGAAAUUGGAUCUAGCCUUUCCGUGAAAGUUGGUAAGAUGAAGUGUGAUAUACAAACGAAAAAUGACACAGAAAUUGUAUGCCGGACACAAUCUUGUGGAUCAUGCCCACGAGUUUAUGAUGGAGGAAAUCUUGAACUUUCAUUGUGUAGGUACAGUGGAGAUAUUUUAGUAGCGAUUGAUGGAGCAGCAUAUCAGCUUUUGGAGAACAAGACAUUUUGCUACAUGCCAAACCCAGAGAUAAUUCAGCCUCUAUCACGAAAUAGUAUUAUGAAAAGUGGAGGUUUAAACAUAGAAGUUCAUGGAAAGUGGUUUGAUUCUGUAACUUACCAUGGUAUAAUGAUAAGUGUUGGUGAUUCUCAAUUUAGUUCGUCUUGUAGAAUGAAAUAUUCCGGAUCACUAUUGAUUUGUUCUACUCCCAAUUUGAGUCCCGAACUGAACAACUCUGCAGAAGUCAUCGUUGGCCGAUUGGCUGUUAUGUUAGACAACAAUACUGUAGCCUCAACCACAUUCAUGAUUUAUCCUGACCCAGAAUUAGACUACCUAGAUAUUGACACUCAAUUGAAAGAUAUUGAAAUGAAUGACAAACUUUUAGAACUAAAGGGGCAAUAUCUGAAUUCGGCAGCUAGAGAAGAAGAUUAUAUUAUAGAAAUAAACGGAUCACGUUGUCCUGUGAUUGAACUCCAUCAAAUGUAUUUGAUUUGUAAUCUUUCUAACAUAGUUCACAUUAAAGAUGUCCCACUUCCUGUUGAGGUAUCUGUAGGUCUUAACUGGAAGUCGCAUUUAGGGUACUUGAAGUUUUGCCAUGUAGAAUUACGUCGGAACCAAUUACAUGUUCAACUUGCUGCAAUAUGUUUAGGCACUUUUACUGUUAUGAUUUUAUGUCUUAUUUGCGUCAUGCGCAAGAAACACUUAGGAGUGUUUCGAAAGAAGACAAUAGAAGAGUUUUCUGUUGCUUAUCUCAACAACACAGAAACAGGAGGCCUCAUGGAUCCGCCAUAUGAUACAGGUAAUUUAUCUGCUGAGCAAGGAUCGCCUAUUAAUGUAAAUAAGAAAGGACAGAGCGUUACAGAUAUGAUUGUUGAAGGGACAUCGUUCGACGCGAUUGGAACUGCUGACAUGCUGAAGCAGCAGAAUAUUUUUAUUGAACGCGAUUUAGUGAGACUUGGGGAAGAUAUUGGCCAUGGUAAUUUUGGAUGUGUAUACAAGGGUUAUCUGUUGUCAUUAGAAGAAAAGGAAGAACGAUUUGUUGCCGUUAAAACUGUUCUAAAAACAGAAGUACAGGACAUAAACGCAAUCCUUAAUGAAGCUCUGAUCAUGAAAGAUUUUGAUCAUCCAAAUGUGUUGUCACUAAUUGGUAUUUCUGUUGCCCCUGGUGAAUUCCCGUUGGUUAUUAUUCCAUUCGUGACAAAUGGAGAUCUACUGUCUUAUAUUCGUAGUGAUGACAAUAAGCCAACUGUCAAAGACCUGGUGAAUUUUGGACUAGAUAUUGCUAGGGGCAUGGAAUAUCUCGGCAGCAUAAAAUUUGUACACAGAGAUUUAGCAGCCAGAAACUGCAUGGUAGAUGAAGACUUGAAAGUGAAAGUAGCAGACUUUGGAUUGGCUAGAGAUAUUUAUACCAAAAACUACUAUAGCAGUGACAAUAAGAAAAUGUUACCAGUAAAAUGGAUGGCUCCUGAGAGUUUAGAAAAUGGCACGUAUGGCACACAGUCAGAUGUUUGGUCUUUCGGUGUCGUGAUGUGGGAAUUAAUAACUAGAGGUUCUGCACCAUAUUGCGACGUAAACAACUGGGAUAUGCAUAAAUAUUUACAGUCUGGCAGGCGCCUAAAAAGAACUGAUUUCUGCCCACCGCCAUUGUAUGAUAUUAUGAUGAACUGUUGGGAAUUUGACCCUGACAACAGACCAACUUUUCGGGAGAUAAACCAGACGAUUACAGGAUUAGUGGAUCAGUGAAUUUAAUGGCGGGAACAUUGACCGAUUUUCAUGUUGAGAUUUCAUUCAAUAUGACUAAAUGUAAAUAUUUCAUAAUGUGCUACUCUCAAAAGGAACCCUACCGAUGUCUAUUUUACAAGAUAUCUUUUUUUGUUAUUCAACAACACAGUAUCCAUUAUAGUGUACACAGGCGGAAUUGUUUUAGUUUAAAAAUCUUUUCAAACAUAUGUUUGUGUUUCACAUAUAAAAAAUGGAGUUCAUAAAACAUAAUUUUUUACCAUUUGUUUCAUUUUCCUCGUUUUGUUGUUGUGUUAUGAGGUCUAUUGUUUGUCCCUUUCUUUUUUAGACAUGGCGUUGUCAGUUUAUUUUCGACGUAUGAGUUUGAAUGUCCCAUUGGUAUCUGUCGCAUCUUUUUUAAGCUUUGAUAAGAAUGAUUAAAUAUUUCUUUGUUUUUUGUCUGUUAAACGUCUAUUGUGACUUGGUUGUUUAUAUAUUGUUAUCUAACAUACCAGGCUUGUAAUUUAAUAAUCAGACGCGCGUUUCGUCUACAUAGGACUCAUAAGUGAUCAAAAUAGUUGGAAAUCCAAAAUAAGUAUUAAGUUGAAGAGCAUGGAGGACCAUAACAUUAAAAAAAAAAGUGCCAAAUACGGCUGAGGAUGCCUAGGAUAAGAAAAUCCUUAGUUUUACAACAGACAUUUUUAAGGUAUAUACAUCAAAAUUGAAUUGCAUAUUUAUAUUUUGGAAUGCAUAUGUUUUGGAUUUUUACAUUCUAAUAGGAAUAUAAAUGUGUAAUCUCAUUGGUGUAUAUAAGAAUGAAGAAACACAUAAAUUCAAAGAACAUGGAUUGACCUCUCUGAAUGAUUUAAAAACUUGUUAUCUUCUGUUCAAAGCGUGAAAUUUUUUAUCAUCACAUGUAAACAUUUCAUAAAUGUCAUAUUCAUAAACAUUCCAAAAUAUUUCCUGUACAUAUAAUUACAUGUACCUUAAUCGUCCAGUUUAAAUGCUAAGUGCUCUUUGUUUACAAAAAUUGAGAAAUAUAUCCUUCGGUAAUAGAAGACUACGUUGAUUUUAUAAUAAGAUUACAAAAAUCAUUAUGAUGUUUAAUAGAAUCAUCCUAGAGACACUCAACCCUGAAAUUUGACAAUGCAAGUAAAUUAAGCCCAUACUAGGCUAAAACUUUCAUAUAAUUUAUCUAUAUGAAAUAGAAAAAUAUAACUUUAUUGAAUGUGAAAAAUAUUUUGUUUUUGUUUAAAUUCUUAUUAUUACUGACGUCAAAUUGGUUUUAUCUAUGAUUAUUAAAGAUCGCAAUUAACUAACAGAACUGUACGAGAUUUUUAUGCAAGCAGAACUAUGUCUCUUCUUUUAUUUUGUUAUAUACACGAUUAAUUUUUAUCUCUAUUUUUGUUUUAUGGUACAGAUGACCCGGAAAUCCCUUAUGCCAUAUUUUGAGGGAAUGGUCAAUCGGAACAACACUUAAAAAAUCAUAAUUAGAAUUCAUUGUUUCGAAACCCAUGAAUCAUCCUUUUUACAAAUCUUCCUUAUAUUUUUUUGAUAUUAUCUAUUUAUAAUUUUCUCAUGUUUUUUUUAGUGUGAUGUGCUUUGACUUUUAUAUGAAUUUCUUUUGAAAUUAUAUAAUGUGCAUAUCUCGUUAUAAUAUAUGAAAAACUGAUAUAUGUGUAAUAUAUGUGAUUAUAUUUUUUGUACAUUAAUAAAUCUGUUUUUUUCUCGUUUAAA